AUGAGUUUAAAACUUCUACUACAAACAUUAUUCCCUAAUGCUGAAAUUGAAAGCUUUAAAUAUAAAAUGAAAAUCUACCUUGAAUGUUCAGAAAGAGAAGCAAAAUUACCACAUCACAUUAUAGCUGCAGGACAUCCAUUUCCUCCAUCGAUUUUUAUAGACAGAAAAAAAAAUGGAACGAUCAAAUUAGAUGAAAUCGCAGCACCAACGACAACUCUCACAACGGAACUGACAUUUUUAAGUAAAAUUAAAAAUCGAAUCAUCAAGAAACCGAAUCAAGCAAUUGUGGAUUACACGGAUGAGUGGCGUAACGGUGAAAAUGGUAUUUAG